AUGAAGAUCUGGGUUGGAUAUCCAAGAACUGAUAUGAAGGAACACCGCAAGAAGAAUCGAAAAGGGAAAUGGUAUCUCGGUAGCGUGUGUUCCAGACACAUGACAUGUGACAAACAAUUAUUCAAAUCUGUCACUAAGCUCAAUGGUGGAUCAGUCACCUUUGGAGACAAAUCAAAAGGAAAUAUAAUUGGAAUAGGAAGAGUCCCCCUCAGCUCAUCAUGUGAUGUAGAUGAAUUCUACUUGGUAGAUGAAUUUGGUUACAAUCUGCUCAGCAUCAGUCAGCUAUAUGAUAGUGACUAUGAGGUACAUCGGGAAAAAGGAUAUUACAUCUCUGCCAUAAGGAGUGAUCAUGGAGGAGAGUUUGAAAGCAGGGCUUUUGAAAACUUCUGCAUUGAUCAAGGAAUUUCUCACAACUUAUCUUCCCCAAGAUCACUUCAACAAAAUGGAGUGGUAGAAUGGAAAAAUAGAACCUUGAAAGAUAUGGCAAGAACCAUGAUUGUGGAAAACGCUUUUUCACACCACUUCUGGGCAGAAGCUGUAAGCACUGCAUGUCACAUCGUUAACAGAUGUUUGAUGCGACCUAUUCUAAAAAAACUCCAUAUGAGCUAUGGAAUAGUAAAAUACCCAACAUCAGUUACUUUCAUCUAUUUGGCUGCAAAUGCUUUUUCCACAAUAAUGGAAAGGAAAACCUUGGAAUCACCUACUAUUGAACAAUCAACUCCCAUUGAAAAGGAGUCAGUCUCAGCCAUCCCAAAUGAAUGGAAAAGUGAACUUGAUGAAGCUCUCAAAGAUGACAACUGGGUCAAAGCCAUGAAAGAAGAACCUGAUCAAUUUGAAAGGGAUAAAGUAUGGAACUUAGUUCCAAAACCUUCUGAUGCAUCUAUCGUGGGAACUAAAUGGGUUUUCAGAAAUAAGCUGAAUGAAUCUGGUCAAGUAGUUCACAAAAAAGCAAGGCUAGUUACCCAAGGUUACUCACAACAAGAGGGAAUUGACUACGAUGAAACCUUUGCACCUGUGGAAAGAUUGGAAUCCAUCUGA